AUCAGUGUGUGUGCGUAGAUUGUCUUUUAGGAACAUUGAAAUUAAUUAAUAAUUUUACGUUAUGUCGACGAAUAUAAAUGAUGUAUAUUACAGUUUAGAUAAAGAUUUAGAAAAUGAUAGAAAAUUGUGUCAGGUUUUUAAGCUUUUUCCCUGUCUUUACGAUCGUCAAUCAAAAUUAUAUCAAAAUAAAAAGACUUGCGAAGCGGCUUGGCAAAAGAUUUCGCGACGCUUUUCCGAUACUCACAUCAACAUUAAGCAACGAUGGCAAGAGGUUUAUCGUUCAUUCGCCGGUAAUGAAUUAUCUCCAAAUGAAGCGAAUUACAAGGAUCAUUAUUUAUAUGAAUAUUUGGAGUUUUUGAUACCGCAUAUACCUAUAUCAUGCGAAAGUAACUACAGUGUGCAAGCAAAGAAUUGCGAUGGGAAUUUGGUAAAGGCCGACAAUGGCCUUACCACCACGUCGAAAGAUAAAGUAGUAGCGGAAGUUACUACUGAUAGUGAUACAACUAGCGCAGAUGAAACAAAUAGCCCAUCCGAGGAAAAUGUUGAUGAAGAGAAUGGAUUAAUUGCAGAUAGCAGCAGUAGUAGUCCUUUAACCAAAUGUCAGAGUAAAGUCGAGACAUUUAUUAUAAAGCCUAUUGAAGAUAAUUGUAAGAACUUACAAGCCAGUUCCGCUUUAAAUGACAGUCAAACGAAAUUUGAAAAUAUUCCUAUUACGAGUGAAGAGCCAACGCCCUCAUCCACCGAAGAGGAGAAUCGACGUUAUCAUUUUAGAAGAGCUUGCAAGCGACCUCUGAACGAGGAAAUUGUCAAAGAGCUGAGGUUAGAAGAUAAAAGGCCACGUCGUGGCGUUGAACGUGUUAAAACGUUUAAUGCCGUUCUUCCGGAAGAGGUUACUAAGGAAAAGCCAAUUGCAAUACAUCCACUUAGGAAACUUGAAAUCAAAGUUGCUAAAGUUAAUCUAAAUAAUAAAAAAUCGUUACCAACUAAUAAGAACGCAAAGGCCAAGCAGUCGGAUAUCGGGACUUACUUGAAAGCGUCAUCAAGUAGAGACCAGAGUGUAGGUUGCGAUCAACCUAAAAAACACAGUGACACUGCUACACAGACUGCCAAUGAUUCAACUCAGUUUGAUGAUUACUUUUUGUCCACCCUAAAAACUCAAAUGGAUCUUAUGAAUUCACGACAGAAGCUUAAUUUUAAAAGCAAGGUUUACAAAUCUUUAAUGGAGGUGUUCGAUGAUAGCAGCAAUUUUCCAAAUCUUAAUGAAAUCAUCGAAUUACCGCCAGCGGGAGCACCACGCUUUCAUACCACCACCCCUGAGGAAUUGCGUUUGAUGCGUGAGCUAGUAGCUUUAGUGCAAGCAGCUAAACAAACUCCAGAAAUAAUAAAUGGUAAUGACACUGUGAAUCCUGUUGCCGUAUCGCCAAAAGCAAAAGAAGUGAGUGAUACAACAAAGCAAACGUCUCCAUUGUCGGCAACUCCUAGUACAACUAGUGCACCAGCUCAACUUGUGAAGGAUACAGAAAUUUUGGGCAUACCGCGUCACAUUAUACGUAAAGUGGUGAAGGUAAGUGGCUCUACCGGGGGUACCUUGAUGACGCAAGAUGGUGAAAAAAAACGUAUAUACCGAAUAUUUCCGAAGGGUCCAAUGAAUUCACCAAACUAUCAACAAGGAAUUGGUACAUCCAAUGCGGGAACCAUAUAUUUUGGCCCUUCGAAAAGCCAGGCAAUCACAAACGCCGCUAAAAGUAUAAUGAACACUACAAUUUCCACUCCAGUUAGUGGCACAUUGCCAAUAAAAGUUGCAAAUACUACUAUUGGAACUAUACAUUCUAAGAAUAUAAUUUUAACCAAUGGUAAAUCUGCCGCCGCCGGGAAUGAACACGUAGGAACAAUGUUUCCACCGGAACGUAACAAAACUUUUACGGUCUCUACUAACCGUGGGACAGUUGCAGCUGCUCAACGUCGUGCCAUAAUGGCAAGACAGCAACCACAAGUGCUGCGACGUUUUUCAUUUUGUGGUUCAGGGACUUCCAAUACUUCCAAUCCCAAUAGCAACAAUUUUACAGCAACCGGACCCAAUUCGAGAACGCCGCCGAUUAAACCUGUGGUAACUACGCGACGUUUCGCCGCAGCAAAUGCGGCGGCAGUAGCUAAAAUAGCCAACGGCGAAGGAAAUGUGAACACAGCGUCACCGUCCGUUGACACGCCAGCUUUGAUUACAGAAACAAACCCAAAUAGUCUAUCAUCGAGAAAUAAGGAGGUGAAAUCAAGCUCGGCAACACAAGACCAAAGAGACGAAUCGGAAAAUAAAACUACAUUUAUAGAUCCGUCACAAAUUAAAACUAUCAUCAAAACAGAAGUAAUAGACUAAAUUUUUUUUUUUUCAAUUUUAUUUGAAUUCUAUACAAAUUCCACGUUCUUAGAGUUUAAAUAAUAUUGUCAUUCUUUCAUUGCCUUAGUUAACAAAUACAAAAUAUCUUGAGGUGAGUAGAAAAUAAUCGUGGUUCGCCAUUAAUUGUUUAACUUGAGAAAAGAGAUAUACGCAAAAUUGUGUUCAGGCAAGUUAUUCGUGUAGUCUUUUAAAGUAUCUCG